UGUGGGAGGGAGCUCUGCGUUUCCUGUACCGCUACAGUGUAACUGAUCAUCAAAUUACAAUGUAAAUCCUAAUCGGAACAUUAUUUUCAAACGCCGAACAUAUCAUUCAUGCCAUAUCCAUCACCUUGAAUACCGGGUGGCAAUUAACCAACGAAUACAUGAUUUGCGGUCUAAAUAUCAGGCGCUGUCACAUUGACAGCGGUAGGAUAUCCGGAAAACUUGAGGGAGGUUUGCACGAGCCAUUGCGGUGUUGAUGUAAGAGCUAAAGCCUUUUCAACCGAUGUCUAAGGACCCUCCUCCAAGGUGACAUACAUCCAAUCACAGACUAGCAUGGGAGAAGAUGGACAUUCCAGCUGCCAAUCAGAGCUACGGACAUGGCGGGCAGCCCGGGGUGUGUCAUAAUGGCUGGUCAGCAACCACACCCCUGACCGGUCUUGGAUGUACCACUGCCCAAGGACUCUCCAGUGACCCCCUACCCAGCUUACAGGGUCUGAACCUGGGCCUAGCCUCACACCAGAGUCCCUCUAAUAACAUCCCUCAAUCAAUGGCUCAGUUACAGUACUCACACCAGGGCUGUCUCAGCAGUCUUCCUACACCCCCAUUUAGGAACCAAUCACCUUCAGCUCUUAUACCAUGCCUGAAUCAAGAGCCUCACAUACCACAUGUACACAUGGGUAAUUAUAUUUCCUACAACAUUCCUCCACCAUCAACACUCCUCCCUCUGAAACAAGGUCCGCCAGCUAGUGGGCCUCCAUCCACGAUACCGUCUUCAAACCAGGGUCCCCAGAAUACUGUCUCUCCUCCAGUCUCUUCCUCCCCUCUAUAUCCUCCAUAUCCGUCUUCAAACCAGGGUCCCCAGAAUACUGUCUCUCCUCCAGUCUCUUCCUCCCCUCUAUAUCCUCCAUAUCCGUAUGCAAACCAAGGCUUUGUGAAUGGCCCUCCUGUGACGUUGACAUGUCCAAACCAAGGCUUUGUGAAUGGCCCUCCGGUGACGUUGACAAGUCCAAACCAAGGCUUUGUGAAUGGCCCUCCGGUGACGUUGACAAGUCCAAACCAAGGCUUUGUGAAUGGCCCUCCGGUGACGUUGACAAGUCCAAACCAAGGCUUUGUGAAUGGCCCUCCGGUGACGUUGACAAGUCCAAACCAAGGCUUUGUGAAUGGCCCUCCUGUGAUGUUGACAAGUCCAAACCAAGGCUUUGUGAAUGGCCCUCCUGUGAUGUUGACAAGUCCAAACCAAGGACCUCCCAACAGCAGUUUUUCAUCCAUGUCACCAUGUGGGAGCCAGAGCCAACAGUGUUCACACCCGUAUCCUCCACAACUCACCUCACCAGUCCAGCAGCAACCUCAAUGGGUCCUGCCUCAGCAACACUAUAGUCACAGUGGUGUAAUGUACAAGCCUGGUGCCACCUCACAUCCUGUACAGGAGGGUACCACCAUGCAACCGUCCUGUCCGUCUCUGGGGGACAGUGGGGUGUCCGGCCCCAGCUCACCUAUCUCAGAGUCACGCUAUGGCCUACACCCUCAGCUUCUACCCAGCGCUGUGCGUAUGAUGGAGGAGGACAGGACAGCGUGGGAGGGGAAGGUGUUUGUGUCUGAACCCAUCUCCUCUCUACCUCCGCUGGCUACCACAGACUGUGUCAUGGAGGACAGAGGUAACUGCAGUCCUCGAUUCAUCCUUUCUACCUCCUACUGCGUUCCGUGUGAGGGCCAGACGGCCCUCCAGAGCCACCUACCCCUGGGGGCCCUAGUCAGCCCUCUGGCUAAGCUACACACAGGAGAGUGCCCCCUGUCUGUGUGUAUGGAGGCAGACACUGUAAAGGGCUGUGGGGAGUGUGGGGCUUACAUGUGUUCAGCUAUGGGAUGGCAGGACUGUGGACAGAGAUUCUACUGCCCAUUCUGUGGGAAACUCCGUGAAGUUGGAUGGCAGCAUUACCAGCCAACACAGGGAGUAGAGGGGAACAGAGUGGACAGAGAGCAGAGACCUGAGCUCAGUCUGGGCUCCUAUGAGAUACUGGACAGUCAACAGGAUGUGCCUGCUGCUGUGUUGCUCCUGGCCGUGGAUGUGUCUGCUGCAGCUCUGAGAGGAGGACACCUGGAGCUCAUCAGUCAGCAGCUACGUUCUCUACUCACAUCACUAAAUAGGGAGGAAGGUGCGUUCCAAUCAGAUGUCCGUGUGGGGUUGAUGACCUAUGACAGCCGGAUCCACCUCUAUGACCUCAGCCCUGCCCUGUCCCGCCCACACAUGCUGGUCGUCACGGAGACAGAGGACCUGCAGCUUCCUGUGAGGGAGGGGCUUCUGGUUCCACUCAAAGACUGCAUAGACAGUAUCAACAGUGUCCUGCAGCGUAUCCCUCUGUUCAGUGCAGAGUUUGAGGAGGCAGGUGGAGUUCUCCUGGAGCUGCCUGUCAAGGCUGGACUGGUCGUUCUACAGGAGUUGGGUUGUCCUGGCAAGCUGCUGGUCUUCCAAACUGCUCCCUUCAUCGAGGGGACACACACACACAACUCCUCUAGCUUCUUCAGCUCCAACAAACCAAAGUCUCUGUUUCAGCCUCCGGACCCUGCUGUCUCAUUGGCUAAGGAGUGUGUCAGUCAGGGCUGUGGCGUGCACCUGUUUGUGUUCUCCCAGCAGGAUGUGGGUGGGGCUUGGCCGGGACAUGUUCCUUACCUGACAGGUGGAGAGCUGCACUGCUACCAUAGUCUCCAGGGAGAGUUGGACAGGGAGCGUUUCAGCAGUGACCUGAGGAGGACUGUAGAGACAGAGACGGGCUAUAGGGCCACACUCAGGGUACAUGUCAGUAAAGAUCUGCGCGUGUCAGGGUGUUAUGGCUCGUUCGUCCCCGGGCCCAACCCCGCCCACGUCACCAUGGCAACCCUUGAUUGGCGUACGACACUGGCCGUUGAGUUAACACACAGCAGAGCUCUGGACGAAAAGAGGGGCGUGGUCAUACAGACCGUCCUGUCCUACACCAGCCAGCAGGGAGAGAGGAGGACCAGGGUCCACAGUCUGUCUCUGUGCUGCUCACACCACCUACUGGACACCUUCUGUAACUGCCAGGCCCAGACUCUGCUCACCUUCUACUGCAAGAAGAUGUACUGUGCCGUGUUGGAGCGCCCUCUACAGGAGCUGAGAGAGGAACUGCAGACAGAGGUGACAGAGUCCUUGGCCUGCUAUAGGAAACACUGCAGCUCCUCCUCUGUGUCCCCGGGACAGCUGGUCCUACCCCAGCACCUGAAGACCCUGCCAGUCUACCUCAACAGCCUGAGGAAGAGUGAAGUUCUGCUUCCCGGCCUCCGCAGUUCAGUACACCAACGCCUGCAGCUCCGCUGUCAAGUGGUCUCCAUGGAUACCAAGACCACAGCAGGACACUUCUACCCUCUGCUGCUACCACUGCCAGUAGGUGGCGAUACCUCCAGUCCUCUCAACCUAGGGGAGGCUGUUCGCUGCACUGCUGCUAGCCUGGACCAUGGAGGUCUCUACCUGGUCCACGGACCCCUGGUUCUGCUACUCUGGGUGGGCCACAAUGUCUCCAACACCUCCCUGGUCCAACUCUUCAACAUCACCUGUCUGUCCACACUACCCUCUGGAGAGACGAAGCUGCCUGUGCUGGACAACCCUCUGUCUGUUAGUGUGAGGUCACUCAUCAACACCCUGAACUCACAGACACACUAUACUCGCAAGCUGCGUGUGGUGAAGCAGGGGGACAGCUGUGAGGAGGCUCUACAGCGCCUCCUGGUAGAAGAUAAGAGUCCCAACGGGGGAGCGAGCUACGCUGACUUCCUGUACCACCUCCAUGUCAACUCUAUACAACUGCUGGUUCGUUAGUUGUAAAAUGGUUUGAACUGGAAAACGCAAACGUGGGAUUCUAAUUGGACAAGUCCAGCUAAUCCCUCCCAUGUUUCACUCAGCUUUUCUUCUGUUUGGUGCCUAAUGAACAUGACCCUGGUGUUUUCAGCAGUAUGGCCAGGUUUGUUUUUACAGAUCACCUCAACCACAUGUGAAUGAUCAUAUCCUUAUUUGACUUACAGUAUGCAACUGGUUGUUGUACUUGACGUUCAUCAGCAAAAGGUGAUGUCUUAUUUGUUUGCCUGUUGUAGUAAUAACUUUUCAAAUCAAAUAACAUUUCAUUGGUCACAUACAUGUGGUUAGCAGAUGUUAUUGCGAGUGUAGCGAAAUGCUUAUGCUUUUAGAUCUGGGAUAAGAAUAUAUAAGUAUAAAAUAUAUAGAUGAGAAGUGACAGAGCGGCUAAGAUGCAAUAGACAGUAAUGAAUAGAUAGUGAAGGAAUCUGUAUAUACAUAUGAGAUGAGUAAUGCGAGAUAUGUGGCAUUAUUAAAGUGACUAGUGAUCCAUGUAUUAAAGUGGCCAAUGAUAUCAAGUCUGUAUGUAGACAGCAGCCUGUCUGCUAGUGAUGGCUGUUUAACAAUCUGAUGGCCUUGAGAUAUGUUUGACAUGUUUACGUUAAAGCGUUGUGUGUGUGUGUGUGUGUGUGUGUGUGUGUGUGUGUGUGUGUGGUGUAUAAACUGUUGACUACUGUUAUUUUCUCUGACUGUUAGUAGUGUAGCUGACUGUCAACAUCUCUCACCUGGAUGAAGACAGAAGGGUGUACUUGAUAUGUUCAUUUGGUCCACGACAACACUCUAAUCCCUCCAUGUUGUGUGUGUGUGUGUGUGUGUGUGUGUGUGUGUGCAACCCUCUACUGUACUAACAAAUUGCUGAAAUAAACAUGACUUUUAUGCCCAGAGUCAUUUAAAAUGUUCUUAAAUCAGGGUCACACAGAGUGUUUCUAGGUAGUGUUAAACAGUAUACACCUCACACAAGGUUAUGGGAUUAAAACAACACCUGUACCAUGUCAGAUAUAGAGUUGUAUUCAAUUUUAAGUUUGCAUUCCAGUGUUACACUUAAUUUCAUAGUUUUGAUGUCUUCACUAAUAUUCUACAAUGUAGAAAAUAGUAAAAAUAAAGAAAAACCCUUUAAUUAGUAGGUGUGUCCAAACUUUUGACUGGUACUGUAUACUGAACAAAAAUAUAAAUGCAACAUGUAAAGUGUUGGUCGCAUGUUUCCUGAGCUGAAAUAAAAGAUCCCAAAAAUUGCC